UCUUAAAUAAGUACCUUUUGCUUCAUUUCAAAAUAUUGCAGUUGAAAUUGUACACUGUACGAUUGUACUAAAACCUUUAGGAGUUUGUUUUUAUAUACUCCUGUACACACAUAUACACAUUUGUGUCAUAUUUAUCAAUUCGCACUCAAGUCUUCAGCUACAAAAACACAUUUGAAGGUGAAACAUAAACUUAAUACAUCCGGAAACCAUGCUCAGAAUAUUUGAGUCGUGUCCUGCCUGGGGAAAACUUAUAUUGGAGACAUAUCAAACAAGAAAUGUUAAUAUACCGCAAAGUUCAAUAAGUCCGGUCUCAGUUUAAGACGUUUUUGCGAAUAAGUUAUUCAAGCAGUGUUAAAUAGGAGUUACAAGUUAUACAUCAUCAAGUUAUUGAUCAUCAUGAAGCUGCUAGAGAGUUCCCGUUUUGAAGCCAUCAAUAAUGCGCUUUCCAUACACACAAGCGGUGUCACAAUCUUUGGACGCAUAGAAAGCUACUCCUGCAAAAUGGUUGCAGCAGACAAAGCUUUAUAUAAGCGGUUUACGGCGGAAACCCAUGGGCACGAUCUUCAGGCACUAUCGCCACCACAAACAUUAGCCGACUUCUCACCUAAUUUUUGUCGCAACAGCCAAUCCGGCGACGAAGGCAUCAUUCUUUGCGAUACUAUUUCGCGCAAAACUUUGUUUUACUUAAUUGCAACUUUGAACGCUUCAUUUGAGCCAGAUUAUGAUUUUUCGGAUGCAAAGUCACAUGAGUUUAGCAAAGAACCCUCUCUGCAAUGGGUCAUGAACUCUAUUCACUCAAAUCUAUCAGCAUUAGCGGGAGAUCAGUAUCAAGUCUUGCGCCAGCCUUUGUGGUCUGCCGUUGAUGACGAGGUGAACUUAUCGGAAUGCGACAUAUAUAGCUAUAAUCCAGAUUUAAGUUCAGACCCAUUUGGAGAACCUGGUUGCUUAUGGUCUUUCAACUAUUUUUUUUAUAACAAAAAAUUAAAACGAAUUGUAUUUUUUACAAGUCGAGCCGUAAACUCUCUUUAUGCUGGAGAAACUUCGGACUUUUCAAUGGAAGAGGAUGUUUAUUAAGGAAUUCCAGCACAAUCACUCCCUAUUGAAUUGGUGUUUCGCCUUUUCCCAAAACAUUUCCAUUGAUUAACAGUUAACAACGGAUAUUAUAAAU